AUGGACGAUUACGCCCGGGAAAUGAUGGAGCUCAAGACGCUCGUCACCCGCACCCUCGAGAAGAAGGGUGUCCUCGCCAAGAUUAGGGCUGAGCUAAGAGCAAGCGUGUUUGAAGCCAUUGAAGAGGAGGAUCGGGUGGUGGAGAAUGAUGAUGGCGGGAAUCCUGCUUUGCUUGGUAGCUGUAAUGACCGAGCUAAGCAACUGCAUGCUUCACCUUCAGGUAGGUUACUAACUGCACUUGUAUGCGAAUACUUGGAGUGGGCGCAACUAAGUCACACAAUGAAAGUUUACUUGCCAGAGUGUAACCUGCCCAAGGACUUCUGGAAGAAUGAACUGAAAGACUUUUCUAACAAAAGUGGAGCUGAAGGGAGCAGGAGUGCUGAAAGUGGUCCAAUGCUUUUAGAUGUUCUCGAAGGUUAUCUGAAAUAUGAGAAUUUGUCUCAAACAAGGAUGGGCGGCAGGAGGAUGAUGAGUUCAGAGUCUGAUCCAUCGCUAAAUGUUGAACACCGGAGCAUGAGGAGGCCACCAUCAGCGUCAGUUGGGAGCCUGCCUCCUAUGGGGAGAUAUUUGGAUGUGAGUGUAACAUAUAGUACUUUGAAAUUGCCAGGCCAAUCUCUUCGUUGCAGGCAUCAGAUCGCAGAGGGGGAUCUUCAGCUUCCAAUAACACAAGGAAAGAUGAGUACAACUGGAGAUACGAUGCCGAUGAUAUAUCUGAAGAGGUGCUGCGGGCAUCGGCUGCGCUAG